AUAUUGACCUUAAAAGGAUUUCAUGAAUUAGCCUACCCAUAUUACACCCCCAAAAUUCACAUUUCGAUCUUUAGGGUAAUAAAAUACAUCUCAAAAUGAUGUUUUUGCUCUUAAAUAAAUAGUAUUUGUAUGAUGCUUUGAAGCAAUAUAUUGUAAUGGUUUGUAUGUAAUUUACAUGCACAAAUGUCCCUCCCCAUCUCGGUGAUUAACUGUCCCAUAAUACCAGUCAUCACAUUUCUGAAGAACCAAUGACAGAGAUUCGGAUGUCCCCGAACCCGAGAAAUUCACACCCACAGUCUUCAUCCACUUGACUCCAAGGACCCGCCUACACGCGUUUAGUCUUUCUCCGUUAUUCCGAUUCAUUUUCCAAUGCAGAUUCCGUGUUUCAACGAACAUUAUAUGGACCAAUCGGUCUGGUGAUAGCUUCCUUUAUGCCAGUGCUCCUAGUCCUGCUUUAUCCAUGAGCCUCUCCUCUCCAUCAACUCCUGCGCUCCUCCAUGACCAGCACAUUGGAGUCCUCGCGACGAGCCAACGGUGAACUCCUGCAUGCCGACUAAGUCUCCGUUUAGCUUAACCCAAAAGGACACAACCCUGAACAUCUUAAAACCUCAUCUAUAAAUACUGUACUCUUAGUCAGUUUUACUGGUUCAGAACAGUAGCAGGGGGAAAAACGAACACUUGUUUACAGUGCGCGUCACAUACUUUCUCACACCAUGUCGUUCAGCAACACAAAGACGGGCUUCUCUGUAAAAGACAUUCUGGAUCUCCCCGACACCAAUGGAGGUUCUGAAACGGAGGAGACUGAAGAUGAGAACGAGGUGGAAACGACUGAGACUUUGACGCAAAAUCCAUCUUCUGAAGACACUGGAAAUGUGCCUUACAAGAAGAGCCUUUUGUGUGAUGGUGGUGGUAAUCCCUACUCAAGAUGGCUUGCCUCCUCCAGCACCAUCCAAUAUUCAUUGCAUGGUUUGUCAGUUGAUUCUCGAAACGAACCAAAAUAUCCAGAGCUGUCCGCCGACGAAUCCCAAGAUAUCGACAGGGACGCCACAGGUGACAGCAGCGACUCGGGAAAGAAGAGGAAAAGGAGAGUGCUGUUUUCCAAAGCUCAAACCUACGAACUUGAGCGACGAUUCCGACAACAGAGAUAUCUCUCGGCGCCGGAGAGGGAGCGCCUUGCGAAUGCACUACUACUGACACCGACCCAGGUGAAGAUCUGGUUCCAGAAUCACCGGUAUAAAAUGAAGAGAGCACGCGCUGAGAAGGGUAUGGAGAUGGUUCAUCUCGUGUCCCCAAGACGGGUGGCCAUUCCGGUUUUGGUUCGGGAUGGAAAGCCAUGUGACACUAACAAAACUCAGGAUCUUGAGGCCUCAUUCAGGGCUGGAAUACCUCUGUCGGCGUAUAGCGCCUAUUCUCUCCAUCACAUGCAUAUGCGCUCUCACUACAGCCCCGACGCCAUCUCACAGCUGCCCAGUGUGCAUCAUAUGGCGCAAAUGUACCAAUGGACUUGGUAGACGAUGGAUACUCAAAAUAACUUUGAUUCAACAAAAAUACAAUCUAAAGAAAGGGAUUGAUAUUAUGAUCUAUAUUUUACCCACAUCAGAGCUGAUUAUUCUGUGGCCCAUGAGGUGUGGACAAUGUUAGGGUUCUUGAAAUGCCGUUCUUUUUAUAAUGUUUGCCAAAUGAAUGUUAUAAAGGAAUGUUAUUUCUGUUGUAAAGUGCGCAAAAUGCUCAUAUUAUUAAUUAAUUUAUGUUUUUGGGUGGACUGUGGAUUGAUCUUGAAUAUUUAUGGCCGUAAAUAAACCUCUGUCAGUUUGA